GAGGAAGUGAAGAAGUGAGGAAGUGCAGCGCUGGAGGACCGACCGGACAGCACAGCCGCUGGUAUCCGCUGUCCAAAAAACAGCCGCUUUGCGUUCAACAAUCUUCACUAUCGAGUUCAAAAUGUCUAAAAAUGCACUUUCCGACCGGUUUAGAAAGGUAGACGUCGAUGAAUACGACGAGAAUAAGUUUGUGGACGAGGAAGACGGAGGAGAGAACCAGGGUGGUCCGGACGAAGCAGAAGUAGACUCUUUGCUCAGACAGGGGAACAUGAAUGCAGCUCUCCAAGCAGUGCUAAAGAAUCCUCCAAUCAACACCAAGAACCAGGUCGCCAAGGAGCGAGCCGAGCAGCUGGUGGUCCGAGUGCUGAGCGGCUUUAAGGGCAGCGACAUAGAGAAGGCCGUGGGCUCUCUGGACAGAGCUGGAGUGGACCUGCUGAUGAAGUACAUCUACAGAGGCUUCGAGACGCCGUCGGACAACAGCAGCGCCGUGCUGCUGCAGUGGCACGAGAAGGCGCUGGCGGUGGGAGGAGUGGGCUCUAUUGUCAGAGUCCUGACUGCCAGGAAGACCGUCUGAUCUUCACAGAAUGUCCUCCUGCAGACCCGGCAUUGGACAGUAAUCUGGCCAAACGCACCGUCACCAGGACUUCCUGUUUCUGGACAUGAGUCCCGUUUAUUUUUCAUACUGCCGCUGAGUGUCCUCUGCAGGUCUUUCUUCUGUUUUUUCUUCUUCCGCAUUCACUAUUUUCAAUCAUACCUCUGGAAUUUAGAAGUGCUGGCAGGCAGACGGAGAGACAGACAGGUGCUGGCACCUUAAAAUGUCUCUGUCUCCGUCCUUGUGUGUGUGUGUGUCGGCCAUGCAGAGAGGACAGACACAUUUCAGACGCUUCACUCGGACACAUCGUCUCCAAAGCAGCUCGACGCUCUUAUUCCAAACUGCCUCACUGCUACUUUGAUGCCUCAACCCUCCUCCUCCUUCUCCUCCUCUACUCUCCCUC